GCUAAAGGCAUUGUUAUUGUUAUUCUCACAACAAGACACCACCGUGUGCAAAAGGGUCGGUUUAGACCGGUUUAGGCAGCUUCCAAAGGUUGUUCGCUCUCAAAAAGACUCAGAAACAGCCAUACACUGCUACACUGACCGCUAACUCGCCAUGAUCGUCCGUAACACCGUAGAUGUUCCGAUAGCCCCCGUGCCAAACACCUCAGUCCUUCGGGGGAAAGAGCUGGUGUCCCCGGCGGAUGAGAUGGGCUACACGGCGUACGAGAUCGUUCUGACUCGGGACCAGAACGAAGUCGAGCUGCACCCUGGUGAAUGUUUGGCCAGUAACCACAUGUACUACUGUAUCUCCGGUAGGGGGCGCUGUAGUCUGGAGGACGGGAGGGAGUUUAAAGUCACUCCGGACUUCUUCAUGGCGUUUUCGUCGGCUGUUAAGUGCAAGGUUACAGUGACCUCGGAUGACCCCAUGAGGCUGUACUGUCUCUACUGCCAAGACGACAACCCCUCGAAAGACGGAGUGGUUGUUCGGUCACUCUCGGAGAUCAUCGGAACCGAUCGGGAUGUCGACUUCGGGAGCGGCCACAGCCGAAGAUUCCUGCUUAGAGAUGACAGUUUUCCGAUCACGGUGACCAACACGACCAUCAUGAUGGGAGACGAUACAGAAAAGGGAGUCCCCAUGUGGUACAAACACCACAAAGAAGCCUGCUACUAUAUCAGUGGAAACGGCAAAUACGUGUGGGAGGAAGGGAAAGAAGAAGCGGAGUUCCAUCCCAAGGGUACGGCUUUCUUGAUGAACAAGAACGACCCGCACUACGCAAUGCCUACAGGGGAGGCCAUCACGAUCUGUGCGUUCUUUCCCGCCUUGGUUGGGAACGAGAAGCACGUCUUCAGUGGCGGUUAUUCCGUAUAUGGUGCUUCAUAGGCAGCCUGCCAUGGGAACGAGUUACCACAGCAAGUGGCGCCAAUAUGUCGGUGAUCUAUCCAAAAUGUGCUUCAAUGCCGACCGCUCUAAGCCACAGCGCAUCCUGGCUAUCCCGGACGCCCUCCUUUGUCGCCGUCAGUCAUGGUGAUUGACAGGACCGCAAGCGAUGAUUGUUUACGCCCACUGGUUCCCAUAUUUCGUUCAACCCUUUUUACAGCUUGACAUCAUUAAAAGCUUUCUAGUGACUAAUAACAAAGUAAUGACAUUGACAACAUUGCACAAAUCAUUACAUGUCCUCGUAAGCAAAUUUACGCAGUUUCUGAAUGCACUCCUGUCGAAGGAGGCCGACAUCUGUCUUCUCCUGUGCAGGGUGUGUUUUCUUCGUUUGGUUUGCUGAAUUUCAGCUUCUGGUUUUGUUUCGAACUAUCGAAUCGAAGAUAGCGAUACUACGGCAACAUGGUAGUGUUCUUUUUCUUCUCAGGCAUUAUUCAUAAUAAAGCUAUAUAUCAAUACA